CGAAGGAAUCGUCCAGUCAGUGCAGCAGCAGUGUCGUGUCGUGUCAAAGAUUUUCUCGUCGGCCAAGAGGCAGGAAGUGCUCCGGAGUGUGCUGUUCCGUGGAACUCUGUAAGGGAGGAAAGAAAAAAAAAAGUUGAUUCGUGGAAGCGAUUCGUCGUCCGCCUCGUUACGGAUCCAAGAGUGCCGUGUGGUCUGCCCCGCCGGAAAGUGUAGCCAAGUUUUGUUUUUUCUCGCGUAAGGAGAAAGUAGCCGCAGCAGAACCAUGGAUGAGGAGUACGACGCCAUUGUCCUCGGCACUGGGCUGAAGGAGUGCAUCCUCAGCGGAAUGUUGUCCGUGUCGGGCAAGAAGGUGCUCCAUAUCGACCGCAAUAAGUACUACGGCGGCGAGUCCGCCUCGAUUACGCCCCUCGAGGAUCUGUUCUCGCGGUUUGGCGUCGAGCUGCCCGAGGGCAAGUAUGGCCGCGGCCGGGACUGGAACGUCGACCUCAUACCCAAGUUCCUGAUGGCCAACGGGCUGCUGGUCAAGCUGCUGAUCCACACGGGCGUGACCCGUUAUCUCGAGUUCAAGUCCGUCGAGGGCAGCUACGUCUACAAGGGGGGCAAGAUCUCGAAGGUUCCCGUCGACCAGAAGGAGGCCCUCGCGUCCGACCUGAUGGGCAUGUUCGAGAAGCGCCGCUUCCGCAACUUCCUCAUCUACGCGCAGGACUUUAUCCAGGACGACCCGAAGACCUGGAAGGACUUUGACCCGACCAGCAAGACCAUGCAGGAGCUGUACGACAAGUUCGGGCUGGACAAGAAUACUCAGGACUUUACGGGGCACGCGCUCGCCCUGUACCGCGACGACGACUACCUGGCGGAACCGGCCGUCAAGACCAUCAACCGGAUCAAGCUGUACUCGGACUCGCUGGCCCGUUACGGCAAGUCGCCGUACCUGUACCCGAUGUACGGCCUGGGCGAGCUGCCCCAGGGCUUCGCGCGGCUGUCCGCCAUCUACGGCGGCACGUACAUGCUGGACAAGCCGAUCGACGAGAUCGUGUACGACGGCAGCGGCAAGGUCGUGGGGGUGCGCUCCGGCGAGGAAGUGGCCAAGUGUAAACAGGUCUACUGCGAUCCCACCUACGUGCCGGAAAAGGUCCGCAUCAAGGGCAAGGUCAUCCGGUGCAUCUGUCUGCUGGACCACCCGGUCGCCAACACCAAGGACGCCCUCUCGACGCAGAUCAUCAUUCCCCAGAAGCAGGUCGGGCGCCGGUCUGACAUCUACGUGUCGCUGAUCAGCUCGACGCACCAGGUGUCGGCCAAGGGCUGGUUCAUCGGUAUGGUGUCGACCACGGUCGAGUCGGACAACCCGGAGGCGGAGAUCAAGCCGGGCCUGGACCUGCUCGCGCCGAUCGCGCAAAAGUUCGUGUGCGUGUCGGACUACUACGAGCCGACCGACAACGGGCUCGGCUCGCAGGUGUUCAUAUCCGAGUCGUACGACGCCACCACGCACUUUGAGACCACCUGUCUGGACGUGCUCGACAUUUUCAAGCGCGGCACCGGCGAGGACUUUGACUUUUCCAAGAUCAAGCAGGAGCUCGGCGAUGAGGAGCAGUAAGAGGCAGGGAGGGAAGGUCAAGUCGCGGAACGAGCGCAGUGUGAUGAGAGAUGUGGGGUAGGAAGAGAAGCAUGAUGAUGAAAGACAGAUCGCCACACUCUUCCUUGCAGCGAGAAAGUGGAGGGAAAAAAAGUUUAAACAAGAAGAGAGGACAGCAGCACGACUACUCUCGACAGAUUAUUAAUUACGAUUAAUAUAUGGAAAAAAGAAAAUCUGCAUCUGAUACAUUAUUAAUAUUUACUGCUAUUUUUAGUAUCAAUAAAAAUUUACUUUAAAAACAGCAAACAUUAUUGUAUAACAGACAAACCAAGCUAUUGUAAGGUAUUUUCCAACAAACAAAAACAGCAAAUGAAGCAUGAAUCGAGACAAACAAAACAAAUUGAGAACAUCGAAGUAUCACCUGGAAUCAAGCGAGUUCACUUACCACAGACAUGGGUACAAUCAUUUUCCCCCAACUUCAGUAUAUCUUAUCGAAAUGGUAUUUUUUGCUUGCUUUUGUUUUAAUUAAUCGCCGCUGAAAUAAAAUCAAGCA